AUGGCCCGGGGGCUUCCUAGCACUGCCAGGCUGGCGCGCUUCUGCCAGAAGCUGAACCAGCAGAAGCCAGUGGAGGAGACGUUGCCACAUCGCCACCUGACCAUGCUGGACCUGACUCUGCUGGGUUUGGGUGGCAUGGUGGGCUUGGGCCUGUAUGUGCUCACGGGCACUGUGACCAAGGGGAUGGCCGGCCCUGCAGUGCUUGUGUCAUUUGGUGUGGCUGCUGUGGCCUCCCUGCUGGCAGCCCUGUGCUAUGCGGAGCUUGGGGCAGAUGUGCCCUACACAGGCUCUGCCUACCAGUUCACUUACACGUCUGUGGGUGAGCUGUGGGCCUUCCUUGUCGGCUGGAAUGUGCUCCUCCAGUGCCUCAUUGUUUGCACUGCUCUGGCCCGUGCCUGUAGUGGCUACCUGGACACCAUUUUUGGACGCCACAUCUGCAGCUUCACUGAGGCCCAUGUGGGCAUCUUGCAGGUGCCCUUCCUGGCCCAGUACCCAGACUUCCUGGCUGCUGGCAUCAUACUUUUGGUCUCUGCACUGAUCUCCUGUGUAACCCGUGUCUCUUCCUGGGUCGACCGCACAUUCCUUGCCAUCAGCCUGGUCGUCAUCCUCUUCAUCGUCAUCCUGGGGUUUGUCCUGGCCGACCCGCACAACUGGAGCACUGAGGAGGGUGGCUUUGCGCCCUUCGGCUUCUCCGGUAUAGUGGAUGGGGCCGCUAUCUGCUUCUACACCUUCCUGGGCUUUGAUAACAUUGUUAUCUCAAGUGCGGAGGCCCAGAACCCAAAGUGAGCAGUGCCUAUGGCCAUCACCAUCUCUCUUGUCCUGGUGGCUGGUGCCUACAUCCUCAUCUCUACAGUCCUCACCCUCAUGGUGCCCUGGCACAGCUUGGACCCUGACUGGGCACUUGAUGCCUUUCACCAGCGGGGCUAUAGCUGGGCGGGCUUCAUCGUGGCAGCUGGUGCAAUCUGCGCCAUGGUCACUGUCAUGCUCAGGUUCAUCUUUUACCUGCCACACAUGGUCUGUGCCAUGGCUGCCGACGGGCUUUUCUUCCAGGUGUUUGCCCACGUGCACCCCCGGACCCAGGUGCCCAUGGUGGGCAUCCUGGUAUUCGGUGUUCUCAUGACUUUCCUGGCGCUGCUGCUGGACCUCCAGGCACUCAUCCAUUUCAUGUCCAUUAGUGCACUGCUGCCCUAUACAUGCUUGUCCACCAGCAUUAUCAUUCUACGCUUCCGAAAGACCCCUCCAUCCAGUUCUCAGGGCCCAGGCAGCCCUGUGGGCACCGAGCAGGCCUCAGCCCCUGAGCCUGGGCAGCUGCGACCAGCCCUGAGGCCCUACCUCCGCUUCCUGGAUGGGUGCAGACCUGGAGCCGCUGUGGCCUGGGCGCUCAGUGUCCUGGUGGCCUCGGCCAUCACCCUGGACUGCAUGCUGGUCUUCGGGGACUCGACCCUGAACCUCCCGCCCUGGGGCUACACCCUGCUGCUCCUGCUCAGCUCCGCCACAUUUCUGCUCAGUCUCCUCGUCCUGGGGGCCCACCAGCAACAGCGCCGGCAGGACACCUUUCAGGUUCCCAUGGUGCCCCUGACUCCCGCCCUGAGCAUCCUCCUCAACAUCUUCCUCAUGCUGCACCUGAGCUACCUGGCCUGGCUGCAAUUUUCUAUCUGGCUGCUGAUUGGACUCGCGAUGUAUUUUGGUUAUGGCAUCAGGCACAGCAAGGAGAACCAGAGGGAGCAGAUGGUGUUGACUGUCCCACGCGGCAGCCUGGAGGAGAUGGCGCUGGCCCUGCAGCCCCCCAGCCAGGCACCGGCCCAGGAGCCCAGUCACAUGGAGCAGCACACCAGUCCAUGA